AGUAAUAUGUAUGGUUGUAAGACAAGUUACGGUCCAUGUUAUUAAAAGCAAACUCUGCAAACUGAUCGGUGGUCAGUUCAUCUUGUCCUGAAGUUCGAAAUCAUGGAUGUUGCGACUAUUUUGACGGAGCAUUCUGCAAACAUUUGUGUGGCAGCUGUUAUCGUUACUAUUUUGGCUUUGGUCAUUUCAACGAGAUAUUCUGUUCGUAACUUUUUAAAUAUUCGUGGCACUAAAUCUAAGAAUGCAGAAGAUGAGUGGACUAAUCAAGAAAGGUCAAUCAACGAAGUAACCGAGAAUGACAAGGGGGGUGAAAUGGAUGCUAAUGACGAUUCAAGUAAUUUCUGGUUUUAUAGAUUUCUUGUUUCAUAUAUUCCUUUUUUUUGUGUGUGUUUGUUAGGCCUAAAUAAUCUAGACCUAGACUAAAUUCAAUGUCAACAAAUGUACGGCACGGAAUCAAUCUGCGCCCUAGAUCUAUUCUAUUCUGGAGUCAAAUUGCACCUACUUUCAUUGCAGAUCAUUGGCAUUGGGCUUUUAUAUAAAUAAUUGGCAAUCUCUAUCUUCUGGUCAAAUUUUUAAUAUAUAAUUUCGAUGUGAGAAAGGGACAAUAUUAAUCUAAUGGAUGAAAGGUUUAGCCUAAAGCCUUAGACCUUAAGCCUUAAGUGUAGACCUAGUAAAAGUUGUAUAAAUUAUAAAUGAUAGAAAAAGAAAGAAAGUAAAGAAAGAUGAAAUUGAUGUUUUUAUAAACUAUACAAGUAUAAGCUUUAACUAGCCCUUUAAAAUGAUAUGUAUUAUUUAUGGCAGGCUUGCAUGCGGCUCGCCAGCACCCACUUGGCAGCCUGCGAAGUAACGAAAUAGUCAUUAUUAUUAUUAUUUUCUUAAUAGCUUUCGCCCCUGUCCUAUUAUCUUUUGAUCCGCACAAGUUUUUUUAUUAAGUUUCAGUAUUACGACCCGCCUUACAUCUUGAGUUGUGCAGGCCUGAUUUAUUUCAAUGGACAAUAUUUAAAAUUUCUGUCAAAGUACCUACCUUGAUAUGGUUGUGUUUAUACAAUUCUGUUACUUAUUUAUUUAAGAUUUGAGCUCACAAAUUUGAAUUAAUAAAAGAUCAGACCAAAAAAGGGACAGGCAGAUUUGCAACCUGGUUUUCUCUUGGCUAUGAUGCAGAUGCUGUUGCACUACAGAACCGCCUUAACAAUGCUUGAAAUAACUAUGAAUGAAACCAGGCCUGCACAACUCAAAAUGUAAGGCAGGCUUUAAUACUUUAUGAAAAACUUGUAUGUGCCGAAAGAAAAUAGGACGGGGGAAAGCUAUUAGGAAAAUAAUAAUAAUAAAAAAGAAAAUUUUUUUACUUCGCGGCCACAAAAACAAUUCAAACCUAUUGCAUAUUUAAUUUUGCUUUCUUCUUUUUCAUAAACUAUUCAAAUUUUUUUAUAUCUGUUUAUAGACACUGGGGGAGCCAUAUGUUCUCCUCGUUACCCAGAUCCUGUUGACUACUGUGAGCAUAUUCAAGGUGAAAUUAAGAGAGUCCAGCAGUCAGUGGCUACGCGUACAAUUGCAAAAAAUCUUACAGAAGAACAACUUAAUGAAGAGAGAGAAGUUCAGCGCAAGCAGUUAGCUGAGAUCUUUAAACUAAUGCAGGAGCAACAGGAUCGAUUUGGUAUUGGGAGUAUGGAUGACAUGCAGGAACAAAUGAAGCUUUAUGCUGUAUAGAUUUAGUAUAUAUUAAACUAUUAUUUGAAUUUUAUUGUUUCAUUUCACAAAAAAUUUAUAGAAAUCCAGCUGUUUAGAACAAUUGUAAAUUUUUAACAGCGUACAUUGUGAUCUGGUGGAUUUCAAAUGUCUUAAUUUGAUUUUUGCAAGUUUUGUUUUUGGAUAAAACUUAACAAUUUAAAAGUUUAAAAAAAGAACAAAAUGAACUAAAUUAUCCUCAUUUAACUGUACUAUGGCAUUCAAGGAAUCAGCUUUUUGUUGUUCAUUUGAUUUUUUUACCUAAGUAAAAUAUUCAUUAUGCUGAUCUGAAACCAAAUUGUCAUACAUAAAAUUUGAAAUGCAAAACAUUAUAACAUAAUGGUAGCUAAUAUUAGUGAUAUGUAAAUGGUUUAAAAGAUGUGAAAUUCAAUUGUUGGUGUAGACUUCUAUAUUAAUGAAUUAUUUUGCUCAAUGUUGUAACCAUUUUGUUACUUGAUAUGUUAUACAGAAUAAAUUAAUAUUUUAACGCAAUCUGUAAAGAAAUGUUAAAAAAACAACAUUACCCUCAGUUUUAAAUUAAGACUUUCAUCACAUUUAGUUUUAGAAAAAAGAAUUUUGGGGGGAAAGAGCUAAUUAUUUUUCACCCUUUUGUCAAAUAAUUUCAAAUGAUACAUUUCUAAUGCUAAUAUUUGAAGUAAACUUUUCUGUUUUAAAAAAUGCAGCUUUCCCCAAACUCUGGCCAUCAAUUUAAAAACUGCAUCCUUUAUCCUUUAAAUUUUAAGUUUGCAGACUGCCAUUAUUCUGUUUGAUUGAUUUAUGAUGCUGUAAUUCAUAAAACGAUAUGUCAUUCUUGAUACAAACUAAUUUUUGACGUGUACUACAUCUGACUGCUUAAAGAAUGCACCCUCCCACCCUUUCAAAAUGCGCUGGUAAUAAAAAUUAUGAGUUGAAAUUUGUAUGUGUUUAAAAGGGCUCUUAAACAGUAAUUUUUAAAAGUUGUACAUUUUAAGACACUAUACAAGAACUGCCUCUUUAACAUUUUGAAAUGAAAAUCUGAAGCUGUGUAUGUGGGGUCCAACUUAACUGUAAUUUGUUUCAGAAAUUUUAGUAACUGGUUGAGCAGAUAAUUAUGAUCAACCUUUACAUUAUUUUAAUGAAAGCUGUGCAAUAUUUUUGUAUUGUGAAAAAUUUUAUGAUUUAUGUUAAUAAUUUGAGGUGCCUAUUGUUGGCUAAAUGUAGACCUACUAUAGUGAUGUAACAGUGGUAAUAUUUUUUUCUUGAAUUGUUUGUUGUUUUGUAAAAAAAAAAUAUAGGUAUAAAAAUGCUUAAAAUAUAUUAUGUUGGAAGUUAUCUUUAAGAAAGAAUAACUAAUACUUAAUCAUUUCAAUAGUCAAAAAAGGACAGAAAAUGGCAUAUUUUCACUGAUAUAUCGCCCGUUGCUGGUCUAAAAAAUCAGUUAUGUGAUAUUUAAAUUCUAUUUGAUCAGACUGUCUUGAAAGGAUUAUUUUUUUAUUCAUUGAUUUUCUUUAAUUGAUUACAUUUUCAUUAAUUUAUUUUUGACCUAGAUUUAACAUUUUUCUGUUGAAGAUUCAGUUAUUUGUGAAAUAAAUGCAUAGUUUUAAAUCGGUCAUAAACAAAACAAAAAAAACAAUAAUUUAUCAUAAAAUUGGUGUAUACAAUGUUUUAUUGCCGUGGAAUGGUAAUUGUACAGUUAAACCUCAAUCAACACAUGCCAGCAGGUCAUUAGCCAGUCAUUAAACAGUCACCUUUAAACUAUAUAUAUCCAUUGCACUUAUUGGCAUUCCUCUGGUUUACAAAAAAAAACUGGUUUGUUAUUGUAAUGUGUAAUGACUGUUGUACUUUUACUUAGUGUUAUAGAUCUGAUCAUCAAUAUAUGAAAUAUGUCUCUGUAUAUUUAUUAUCCAUACUUGCCACGAUAUAAAUUACCGGUAAUUUUCUUUUUCUACUAUACCACACAAAAAUAAAUAUGUUUUCACAACACAGUUUCUUGUCUAUUAUGUUGAAUAAUCUAAUUAUUGAAGUCUAGAAUAAAUUAUACUUAUACCAAUUGCCUUAUCAUCUAAUCUGGAAUAGCCACCAAAAGGAC